UUGGUGGCCUUACCGAAGACGGUCUUAAUACUGAAGUCUUUUUACUUCAGCAUGUUUUAAGGCGUUUUAUUACAAGACACGUUUAUAACACCUUUGAGAAAAAUGGAGAUAAAGUCAUUGUUAUGCUGUGCCGAAUAAACAAUGCUUGCAUUUAUUAAUUUACUAGUUUCCAGUGUGACUUGUCUUAGUUGUAGUUGCCAUACUAACGCACUUUGAUAUUCAAAUAGAUGUAGGAUGUUAUGCACCUGUUGCAUUUGCUAUACUGAAACAGUUCAGUAAAGAGCUUUUAGCUUAUUAUGAUUCAUUUUGUUUUCCAAUAAUCAGAUAGUAGUGUCUUGGAAGUAUUUAAGUAAAUGGCCUUUUGUGAAAUGGGUCAUUUGUAUCAAGUUCAGGUAUCAAUAUGUAAAUCAAACUUUUACUCUCCUUAACACAAUAGGUUAAUGUUACCGAGAACGACGUACCGAGUUAGAGGGAAAUGCGUCACUGCCAUCACAUAGAGCACAAGAAAGUGAGCAGUAAACAAUACAGACGAAAAGACUGAAAUAUCCGCUGCAUAUCACUGCCCAGAGACAAAGUCCACAACACCCUCACACAGCCAGAGUUCUUAAUGUCGUGUUUCCUGCACGAUGAGUGCAUUGUCACAGUCAACACAAGUUCAGAGCAACCUGACCAUCCCACCUGGGCAUUUACUCAUUUCAAGUGCUUGGCAAGGAACAGAGCUGGUAUCACUCAUCUCAAAGGAAACAAAAGUUUUAUAUUCUGAUGGCUUGGGUGUGGUCGACUUCCAUCCUUCUGCAGAUGCAGCCGUCAUCUUUGUCAGUGAAGCAGACUUGUUGGCUGGUGGGAGCUUCAAGAGGCGUAUUGUCAAGUUCCGUCAAGCAAACACCAAAUUGAGAGGAAUUGUUGUUGCUCAGAAAACAGCCCAUACACAGGGACCAUUCUCAGACUUGCAGAAGUUUGUAUGCAUGGAACUGGAUCUGGCUAUAAUGCCAGUCAAAACAAUAUCUGAGGCAGCUCAACUUCUUACACAGAUGGUUAGAUGUGAAACUAAAGUAAACAUCAACCCAUUCUGUAUGAAACCCAAAACAGUUAACAGUUUAGAUGCUGGGAUUUUGGCAACUGCUACAGCUGUCCCUGGAUUAGGUGAAAAGCGUGCUCGGCUUCUGCUAGAACACUUUGGAUCUCUUUAUAAGAUUGCAAAUGCAACACAGGAAAACCUAGCUAGUGUUGUGGGAAAUUCUACAGCUUCUAGUGUGUAUGAUUUCUUUCAUGGAAUUCAUUCAUGAUCCUGUGAUAUUGUAUAAAUGUUUAUUUUAGUUAAUACACCCAUUCAUAUUA